UUCUGCUUAGCUCCAUGUUACCUCUGAUCAAGCAGACUUAUAAUUAUAGACGUUCCAGCCACGACAUCUCGUCUUUUUAUGAAUCAGGGAUUGUUUUGACGUGUAUUUCGUAAUUUAAGAUCGAAAACGGUGUGUUUUGAGUGAAAUUUGGUUGCCUUUUCUAGCUGAUCGAACGACUGCUCCCGCAUAUUUGUAUAAUAUAAUGUAGCGUUCUGUUCAAAAAGAAAGCGCUGAGUACACAAAACAUACAGAGGGAAUUUCUGGCAGGUUAAUAGAGACCCAGGAUGUUAAAAUUACAAUUUGGAUGCAUAAAUUGUGUUAUUAGAAAACGUGGCAUGAAUCAAAGAUUGUGUCUUCAAGAAAAUAUAAGAAGAAAAGAAUUUUGAUUACAAGUUAUAUCGAAUUAUCAUCUAAAAGUCAGAAAACAUAUCAUCAGAAGGAUAGAAAACAAAACCUCAAAGAAAAACAUGUGCAAAGAAUAUAAAUUUUUGAGGAUUUACAACUAUAUCUUUCAUGGAAUUUCAUUCAUAAUUUAAAUAAAUAUUUUUAAAAACAGAAGGUUUUGACAAUUAAAACACUGAAAUUUGUUUUAAAAAAUCUACACAAAAUAAAAUUUUUGCCAGAAAAUUUCCAAAACUGAUUGUGGACAAAAAUCAUUUGCUUUUGUAUUGAAAAAUCUUACAAAUUUGCUGCUGCUUAGAUAUCUUCUAUACAAAACUCGGUGUAUUUACUGUGCAACUGAAACACUACUGAUGCAUCUAUUAGAAAGUGCAUUGGAUUUUCUCAAUAUGACUUUAUCAUUAAGAAUAGAACCAUGCACAAAAUAGUUGAAUAUUUGCCUAAAUUCAAAUUGUCACUUCAUCUCUAUCAUCAGGUAACUUCUGGAAAAUCCUGUCAGCAAAUAUUGUUACAAGAAACAGUUAUCUUACUAUUCCAAUUGAGUUUUGAAUCGAAAAGAAAUGGUUGGAAUUUAACUUCUCUCUGCUUGGUCAUUGCUUUUGAAAACAACUUAGCAAUAAUUCCUCUGCUAAAAAAUGCAGACAAGUUGCACAGUACCAGGAUAUCAAUUCAGUUUGUGAUAUUUUUCAUUGCGAAUAAAUCAAAUUCAGAGCAUUUAUUUUUUAUAUCUUAUCCUGUCCAUGAACUUGUAACUGACAUUUUAACAAGCAGUCACAACAACAAAAUGUCUACAGAUAAACAUUCUUCUCUUAAAUCAAGAAAAUCCAUCAAAAAGCAUCGCUGUGAGUUCUGCAACAAAGAAUUCAUGAGCAGUUCUGCAUUGGUUAUUCAUAGACGCUCACACACCGGCUUGCGUCCUUACAAAUGUCCAUUCUGCAGUCGAGCAUUCUCUCAAAUGACUGGAAUCCAGCAUCAUAUUCGCACUCACACCGGGGAGAGGCCAUAUGUUUGCAACAUCUGCCAUUUUAAAUUUUCUCGCUCAGAUUCUUUGGCCAGACACAUAAAGAAGCGGCAUUCGAGUGUUCAAAAUGGAUUGGUAAAGAGAAAAAAGAAAACUUCAGAAAUAUCAAAGAAGCAGCUACUGCUUAGCUAUUAUAAUAAUUCCCACUCAGAUCCUACUACUUCUCAGCUAACAGACUCUAGUUUUAUGCUAAAUGGCUUUCUUGAUGUACCCACAGAAUUUCAGUCUUCAAAUUUAGGAAUUAAUUCAGAUGUACAUAUUACUGAUGAUUCUUCGAAAAAUUCACGUCUUAAGUUCCCAGAUGAAACACAUUCUCAUAAUAAAGUAACUGAUUCUUUCAUCAGAGAUAAAAGAUUUACGCACUCUAGAAUACAAUCUCCAAGAUUGAGAACUAAAUCCAUGGAUAAAAAAUAUUCAUUUUCAAAUUGUAAUUUACCUGAAUUCAGGUAUUCUGAUGUAGCACACCAAAGAAUUUCUGUUCCUCAAAAUGAAAUAUCUGAAAAUUCUAGGAAAAAUUAUAAAAGAACUGAAGAGACAUCUUUGCUGCAGUCUAAAGUGAAUAAAAGAUGUAAUUAUAACCCAAAUAUAAGUUAUGCUAAUAAUUUGGACAAUAUACACUUUAAAAAUGUCAGUGAUAUAAGUAUUUCCACAGAACUAGAAUCUAAGCUUCAUAAUUACCAAUAUGCCAACAGAAGAAAUCUGGAUACAAAGAAUGGUAAAUAUCACAAGUGUUUCUUCUGUUUCAAGUGUUUUGCAAGCAAGUCUGCAUUGAACAUACAUAAAAGAAUUCAUACUGGCAUUCGUCCCUAUGUCUGCAAAAUGUGUGGUCGUUCAUUUACCCAAAAAACCGGUUUACGACAUCAUUAUAGGACUCACACACAAGAAAGACCUUACAAAUGUAGCAUUUGCUUCUAUGCAUUCGCUAGAUCUGAUUCUCUUUUGCGGCACACAAAACUUCGACACAAGAAGCUGAAGAAAAAAGCCCCUGUUUAUAACAAACAAUUAAGAAAACCACCUGAAUGCUAUCCUAAUUCAGAGCAUUUUUUGGAAAAAUCUGGUAGUUUUAAGCAAGUGGUACUUCAAAAUGAAAACAAUAAUAUAUUUGAAAAUGAUCAUCUGGUUGCAAAAAAUGUUAACGAUCUUGACAUUCAUGAAUAUUCUAUUAGAAAUAAUACCAAUUCCAACCAUGUUUCAGUUGUUGAUUCCACUCUGUUACUCGAUCCAUUAAUAACAGUUUCUGAUGAAAUCAAUUAUGGUAGGCAUCAUGUACAGUCCACAGACUUUAGCAACAGUAAUUUGAGUUCUGGGGUCGUAUUGAAUAUCGAGAGACCUGAAAUCACUCGCACAAAUUCUCCUAUCUACAUAACUGAUGACGAAGAAGAAUUUGAUGUCAUUUCAUUCCCAGAAAAAAAUGAAAAUGUACCUGCUGUUAAAUCCUGCUUGAAGCCCUCCACCAAUUCUAAAAAUACCACAGGAAAAUAUGGGAAAAAACGAAAUCUUCCUUGUAAUUUCUGUCACAAGACUUUCUCUAGUUUCUCGGUGCUGAAAGUUCACAGAAGAAUCCACACUGGUGUUAGACCUUAUCGGUGUAAGUUUUGUGGUCGUUCCUUUACCCAACAGACUGGUCUUACCCACCAUCUACGCACUCACACUGGAGAAAAACCCUACUCUUGUGGGAACUGCAAUGCGCAAUUUUCCAGAUCUGAUUCCUUGGCUCGUCACUGGAGACAGCAGCAUUUAAAACACUCUAACACAAAAGGUAAUCAUUUGAAACAGAUAAAUAGAACUAAGAAAGACCAUGUUAGUUCAAGCAGCACUGACGAAAAUUUAAGCAUUUCAGCAAAGGAUGUCAGGCUUUCUGAAUCUGAAACAAAUAAUGUCCAAGAAAUAAGUGACAAUAAUCCAAGUUUAGAUCAGGUAAAUUUUGCAUCAGUUGUUAUAAAAUCUGAAGUUUCUAAUGAUGAACCUGUUCAGGCUGUUAUCUGUGAUACUUCUUCUAAAGAUGAACCUGUUCAGGCUGUUAUCUGUGAUACUUCUUCUAAUGAUGAUGCUGGCACUGCUGACAAACUGGAAACUGACGAUCUCAGUCCAACAUGGAAAAGUGGCAGUAGUUAUAGAGAUGAUGGAAAUUUCAGCAAUAUUGAAAUUGAAACCUUUGAACCAGUUCCAAAUGCAUUCAGUCCUUCCAAUGAACCAAACCUACAGCUGAAAUGUUCUUCAUGCAAAAAAGUGUUUAACGACAAAACUCUAUUAUCUUCUCAUGUGUGUGAGGUAAAUACUGAAUAUCAAUGUUUUCUUUGUGAUAUGAACUUUAACAAUACCAUCUUACUGGCCGAACAUAUGAGUGAACAGCAUAAUUUGAAACAAAACUGUAAAAGAGAAGGUGAGCUGUCACAAUUUUCCUUCGAGGAUGAAUUCGGUUCUCUUGUAGAAAUGGUAAUCACCCAUAAUAAUGAUAGAGAUGUUUGUCGUAUUUAUCUUAGUGACUUUUCUGAAAAUACCCAAACCAUAGAAAUGAACAUGGAUGAGAAAAUCAAUCAAAACCUUUCUGAUAUUUGGGAAUCUACAGAGAAUAGAAAACUUGAAGUUGCUCAACACUCUCCAAAUGGUUUUGAUUCUAAAGCGAACAUUUUCUGCCAAUCUGAUUACAAUGCAGGCACUAUAAGUAACCACAAGGACAGUUCUGAAGAUAUUUUGCAAAUUAAACUUGAGCAGGAUCAACAGGAAAUAUCAGAUAUUGUCAGCCAAAACAAUAGUAGCUUUGAAUCUUUCUGCUUGACUAACCAGGAGCAAGAAUUUCGCAAUGCCCUUGAACCAAAUACUAGCCCUCUUGGUACGCAGACAAAUGGAAUUAAUUCUGAGGCUUCUAAUUUUGUAGAUAAUAGCAGUGAUGCUGGUAUAUCCAUACCAUUGCUGGAUCUGAACCAGUGUAAGACAGAAGAUAAUGACAGCAACACUGCUCAGUUAAACAAAGAUUCUAAGCAAACUAGACACAAACAGCGCCAGUGUGAAUUCUGUAAGAAAUCAUUUAAUAGCAAAUGGGCUUUGAUUAUUCACCGCAGAUCCCACACUGGUGAAAAACCAUAUGAAUGUGGGCACUGUGGCCGUGGUUUCAGUCAGUUAUCUGGUGUUCAACAUCAUAUUCUCACACAUACUGGUGAGAGACCAUUUGAGUGUCAAAUUUGUCAUUUCAAAUUUGCUCGAUCUGAUUCAUUAGUUCGACAUACCAGAUUAAAACAUUCAGAAUGUGCAAGAGAAAAUGGUUCGAAAGAGGAGCCCAAGAAAGUUUCAACACUUUCCAAUGACCAAAGUUUAGUAAGGGACUUAAGGAAUGCAUAUAGUACAGAUAUGUUAGACAUGGAGACAGAUAUACAAAACAAUUGUACAAUGAUUGAACCAAUGUUACAAGAUAAAAACUUGAUUAACUUAUCAGAAUAUCCUUUGCUUCUUUCAUCUCAAGUGAAGGAAUCUGACACAAAGGAAAACAUUGCUUCAAAUUCUGAGGAUCAUAUUACUUUGAAAGAUAUCCACAAGGAAGUUGAUUUCGAUAAGGAUAUUAAAAAUUGCAACAUGUUAGACUUGUCUUUAUCUCCUUCAAAAGAUAUUUCUGCCAAGCAGAUAAAAACUUUUGAUUGUAAAUUUUGUGGGAGUCUGUUUCCAAAUUCUGAUGUUUUAUUGCAACAUUUAAUGCUAAGUCAUAGCAAUGAAAUUAUUUUAAAUGAUAUUAAAACAGAUAUCUUGCUCAAAUCUGGGUCUGAGCAAAAUAAGAAUUCAUCUCAAGAUUUCCUUAGUAUUUCCGAGUCCAAAGAAGCUUUAACAUUUCAUUCUAGUAAUGCUUCAUCAUUCACUGAAAAUUGUCUGCAAAGGGAUAGCAUUUUGCAUCUUUUAAAAGAGUAUGAUCUUGGUAUGGUGACAGAGAAUAAUUCAACUUUGAAUAGAGAUGAAAGCAACCCUAAUUUCAAUGUUGAUCUCAAAUAUAUAGAAAAUGUUGAAACUAUUCCUUUAGACAGGUUAGAGCAAAAUGGAGAUGGUCAAGAAAUGGACCAAAGUCAAAAUUCUUUUCAAAAUAUCAUUGAUAUUACAGAAACGAACUUUGAUUUGAAAGAAACAAGUGUUGAUGAAAUCAUAGAGAAAGAUCUUAACACUAGUGAAGAAAAAAAUCUGAAAGAUGUAGAUGUUGGCAAUGUUGAAGAGAAUAACAACAACAACAAUAAUAAUGAUGAUGAUGAUGAUGAUGUUAUAUGCAUCACACCCGAGAAUUUCCCUUCAAGUUUUCAGAUGAAUUCUUUGAAGGCUUUUGCUGAAGAUUUUCAUGUAACUGAAGAGAAAAGUUAUGAAGCCUCUUACAUGUCUCUCACAGAUAACAACAACGUGAGUGCAAGGGAAGUAACCGAACAGUCUAACCGAAGUAAUUCUUGUAGGUUUUGUGGCAAAAGUUUUCCUACUCAGUCAGCAUUAAAAGUGCACCAACGCACCCAUACCGGCCUGCGUCCAUAUAAGUGUCCAACAUGUGGCAGAGCAUUCACACAGAAAGUCGGACUCCAGCAUCAUGUCCGAACUCAUACAGGAGAGCGGCCAUAUCAGUGUAAGUACUGCAUUCAGAAGUUUGCUCGGUCAGAUUCUUUGGGUCGGCACAUAAGACACAAGCAUUUAAAAGCAACCAAGGAUUUGAAUUCUGUGAGUAACUAUCAGAAAAGCCUUGUAUCUCCUUUGUCCUUAGAAUCAGAUGCAAACCAAGAAGCAGCUAGAAAAAGAGAGAUGAACGGAGGAAAUUCCAAUCAACUGGAAUCGAAUUUCAUUGAGUCACAGGAACAUUCUUCUAGUACAAAUCCUAAUCAAAAGGAUUUUGUAAUGAUGACUCCAAAUUCAUUUGGAGACUUAUUUGUAUUGGAGCCAUCAGACAACCAUGUUAAGAAUAAUCUGAAUGAAUGUUUCCAAGAAUACAUUAGUUACUCUAGAUUGAAUGAUGAUAAUCACAUUGAUAGGAAGACUUUGAAUAUAUGUGACCAAAUGGAAGAAAGGAUGCAGAAUAGUUCUUAUUCGACUCCUAAUGCUAGCCUACUACAGUCUUCUAGUAACACACCAGGCAAGUCAUCUGACACAAUUGUUUUGGAAGAGAUGGCAAUAAAUAUAAGUGAUUCUGAAUGUAAUUCACCUGAACAAAACACAACAAUAAAAUAUGAAAAUGAUCUUACCUGUGAUAUUUGCUGUAAAGAAUUCUCUAAUUCACACCUGUUAAUAAAGCACCUAAAAGAUCAUAUAAAUGCUAGUAAAGAAACUGCAACCAAUCCAGAUAAGACCAUCUCUGCUCCUGUCCCAACUUGUUAUCUUAUAGACCUCAGUGAUGAGAGCUUAGAACAAAAAUCACAAAGUGAAUUAGACAUUGAUCUAAUGGAAUCUGAUUUGCUCUCAAAUAUAACCAAAGAAAAAUGCAUGGAAAACAAGAAUGCAACUGAAAUGCAAGAAUUCAAUUCAAGAACCGAUCCAAAAAUAGCCUCCUCUUCAUUACCGAACCUGAUAGAUGAUGAUAGUCAAACCGAGAUUGGUAUUGAGAAAAAUGCUGAUAAUUACCAGUUGGUUACAGAAACAGAAGACACUAACACAACAACCAGUGUUCUUUCUAAUAUGAUUUCCCCGAAUCUCCUGCCCCACCACACUAAUGUGGUCUCGACAGGUACACGAGACAAUAUUACUUGCAGUAAAACCAAUAACAACUCUCUUUUAAUCAUCAAAGACGGUACUAGAUUUAAACUUGGCCACAAAAGGCACAUUUGUAAGUACUGCAGCAAAAGUUUUGCAAGUUCUUCCGCCCUUGUGAUUCACACUCGGACACACACUGGUGAAAGGCCUUAUGAAUGUGAUUAUUGUUCACGAGCCUUCAGCCAGGUCACUGGUCUUCGUCACCAUAUCAGAACCCAUACAGGGUAUAAACCAUACAGCUGUCACUUCUGUUAUUACCGAUUUGCAAGAUCAGAUUCUUUAGCUAGGCACUUGAAACUGGAACACCAAAAGAGAAACAAAGAUACCUCUUCAGGAAAAGAUGUCAAUGCUAUACAAUAACGGAACUCUUUAUUUUAUAUUUGUAUAUAUUUAUUUAUUGGUAUGGGGGAAUUUUGUUCCACAGUCUCAUUAUUUCUAGAAUGUGUGUGUGCGUAUGUGAAUGUACAUGCAUGCAUGUAUGUGUAAAUGUGUGUGUGUGUGUGUGUGUGUGAAUGAAUAUGUCAUAAUCAUCAUUUUAAUAUCAUAUCCACUUUUCUGUGCUUUCAUGGGUGAGAUGAAAUUUGUUGAGGCAGAUUGUCUACAACUGGAUGCCCUUCCUGUCACCAACUCUCACUUGUUUCCAGUCAAGGUAAUAUUUCUCCAUGGCCAGACAUGUUUCUCAUGGGAGAUUGGAAAUGAAAGUGACACUCAUUUACACCCUACACACAAUGUCAAAACAAGGACAUAUACACAUUCACACACAUAUAUAUUGGCUAAUAAUCUUAGCCUGUAUGACAACAACAGCUAUGUUUCUUGGAAUAAGAGAUUUCAUUCAUCUGUAUUUUUUUAAAGAGAAAUUACCAAAAGAUUGGUUAUUUAUCUACUAAAUUGUUUAUAUUGAAUCCCAUGCAGAUCAUCAUUAAAAAUAAAAAUAAUAAUAACAAUUAUAAAUCAACAAACUACCUCUGUAUCUCCUUGUUGACAUGUGCUUUCAUGGGUGAGAUUAAAUUUUAUACAUACGUUUUCCCUCUGGUGGUGAACUUGUCAUUAAAGGGGAGAGAAUUUCUUCUUGAUUAGACAAAGUCGAACCAGCAUUUUUAAUUUAAACAUUUUUUAUUUCUUUUUUUCUUACACAAAAUAAAAAAUAAAAUCAA